GCUGUGGAGAUUGGGACCCUCAAGGCUCAAUAGUACAUUGAAACUGGCUGGGAAACAUCCGACUGGGAGGUGGGAUCAUGGAGACAGUGGAACACGUUCUAUUUCAGUGCCAGAAAAAUGGGAGGGAAAGGGAGCGAUUGUUAUUGGAUUUGAGGAGCAAUGGGGUUGAAGAGCCAAGAUUAAGUGAACAGCUGGGUAAAUCUUCAGGGGAUGUAUUGGGUAGGAUUUAGACCUUCCCUGUCUCUGGUCCACACUACAAUCCAGUUGGUAGCUGUAAUGCACAUGAAAAUUGGUUGCCAACCGCCAUAAAAAGAAAUCCGCAGAGGUAGUGGUUGUGGGAGUGACGCACAUUUGAGUGAUAGCCAAUUGGACCAAUCUUUGUUCUCGGAAGGCUGGCUUUCCGGAAAAUGUCAGCGGCAGCCGAGUGAGGUUCCUGUGCACGGUUUAGAGCGAUAACCUAGCAAAUUCAUACUAUCCAGUUGCACCAGUAGGUCUCUCUCUGCAGAGCUGCGGGUGUACCGGGACGCUGCCGUGAGCAUGGCGGACAGGGAGGAGAGGCGCUUCGCUGAAGUCCCCAGAGAGUCUGUCAAACUCAUGGCCGAGAGUGCAGAAGUGGAACUCAGCGACGAUGUGGCUGCUUUGCUGGUUGAAGAUGUCUGCUACCGGCUUAGGGAAGCCACACAGUCACAGGCGGUAGGGCUGCCGUUCCCCACCAAUGGGAGGCCGUUCACAUCGGGCAUGAGGACCACCUCCCAGUCGGUGAUCAAGCGUCAGAAAGUGAACCAGGGAGAUGCACCCAACCCUGUGGUGUUUGUGGUCACAAAAGACACCAGGGCUCUGAGGAAACACCUGACCCAGUCUGAGAUGCAGCGUGCAGCCAGAAAACCUCACCUCCCUGUCAGGGUCAAGCUGCCCUUAGGCCCCCGGCCCCUGGUACUGCCCAUCAUGCCAUCCAGCACCAGCGAGCCCAUCGUCCUGGAGGACUAAGGUGGGGCUGAGA